UAAUAAUCAAGCAUGGGUACCUAAUGGGCCUGAUUGAAAACCACAAACGUGGAUGAACCUGUUCGAAAAAUGGAGGAGACGUGGAACUAUGAAGUCACCUUGUUAAAUUACUCGUCCGUUGGAUUAAUUCUAGUUUCUCCGUGGCUAGUAUCUGGGCUACGCAUACGAUGAAGUGUUUAGGUAGGUAACAUGUAACAAGAUCAACAGAGCAAGCAUGUAUGGUUUAAACAUUAUUUUUUCUGUAUUAUAAACCUUAAGACAGCGACACGCAGUACUACGCAAAGUGUGUGUCUUUUAAGGAUAGAUAUUAUACUAAAAUAUUAGUAUAUGCUUAGUGGAGCAUCCGCACGAGCUUCUCUAUACUAGUUUAGUAUGGCAUUAGCUGUGCCUCCGGGCCGGUCUUCAUAUAACCUUAGCGAGCGGUAGCAUGAAAGAUAACCUACGUCUAGUCCGUCUUGUCGUUCUCGUAGCCCGUUAAAAAGGGAAAGGUGCGGACGAAACGCUUUUCACGCGACCUCACCCCGGUAUCCUUCCCUGGAACUAGCUGACCUUAUAGUAUGCACUUUCCCACAUCUCUCACUUCAUGUAGAUGCUCGAGCAGCUUGGGAAACAAGACUGAAGUGAAGGAUCGCCUUCGGGUUCACUCUACCAUCAAAUCCUUCCGUUCAAGGAAAACGUAUGGAGAGGUAUGGCUUAUGGUGAUGGCUACGGCCCGCUGGAUCCCGCUAGCGACACUCUUUCGCCUCUACAGAAUAGUCAUCGCCACGGACUUAUCGCUGUCGCCGUCUGUGGCAUCGUCUCCCUCGUCUCGACGUCGGCAUUAUUCCUGUACUUGACGUAUAAAUUAAUAAUAUGGCGCCUGCGGACGCCCGAAACAAAAGAUGACGGUCGCCAGACGCCGGCUAAUGACCUAUCGUUGGGCCUAGCUCAGAGGAACUUCGGGAUAUCCAAGAGCGCUAUCCCCCAGGGGUCGGAGGAGCACGUGCGGCAACGGCGAGGGCCGGGACGACGACGGCCGAACCAGUUUCUUGUCCUCGUAUACAACCUGUUGCUCGCAGACAUGCAUCAGGCCACCGCGUUUGCGCUGAACAUACCGUGGAUCCGGGAAAACGAGAUUAUCGUCGGCAGCCCGAGCUGUUGGGCUCAAGGCUGGUUCGUGUCGACGGGAGAUCUGUCUGCGAGCUGUUUUAUUUGUGCCAUUUCCGUCCACACCUAUCUCAGCGUUGUGAAAGGCUAUAGGCCGCCGCACUGGGCGCUCCAUCUUGCAAUAGCUGGUCUCUGGUUAUUUGUCUAUGUCAUGGCUGUCACUGGGGUGGCCGCGACUAACAAUGGAAAGGAGGCUGGCGGAUUCUACGUGAGGGCGGUAGCUUGGUGUUGGGUGAGUGUCAGGUACGAAAAUCUCCGUCUCUGGCUUCACUACUUGUGGAUCUUUGUUUCGAUCAUGGUGACUAGCAUCCUAUAUACUCUCGUCUUCAUCUCUCUUCGGGGGCGAAAAGUAUUGUGUCGAUCCCAUUCGCGUCGCCGACCAUCGACGACUGCUAGGUCUGGGCAGAACGGCGCGUCCGCUCGAACGCACCCGUCGGAUCACCGUCCGGCAUUCCUCAUCUAUCCGCUCAUAUACGUGCUUUGCACGGCGCCCUUGGCUUUGGGUCGUAUUGCGACUAUGACUGGGAAAGAUGUGAGCGUAGCAUACUUUUGCUUGGCGGGCGCCAUGAUAGCUUCUAAUGGUUGGUUGGACGUGCUUCUGUUUUCGACGACCCGGCAUUCCAUUAUUUUCAACGCUCCCCCGGACUCCGAGAACACGGGCCUAGAGACCUUCGCGUUUAUGAGGACGCCGUACUGGAGGAAGUAUGGGAACAUGGUAUGGGUGCAGGGAGGGGUUCAUGGGAGUGAUGUCGAGGACAAACACCAACCUAGGAUACCGAGGAGUGCUGCUCGGGGAUUCGAUAGGCUCAACCGACUGAUGAGACGGGGUGGAAGAGACGGCCGUUCUACGCAUGGAGCAGGCCGCUGGAAUGGCGGCCGAAGAGGUGGGAGCCAGGAGUCUUUAAGAGGCAUUACAGAGCAGGCUGAAACUGGGAUUCAGAUGGAUACGGUCACGACAGUCGUGGUUGAGAUUGAACACGACGAUGCUAAGGCGAGGUCGCGGGAGCCUUCUGCGCACUCGCUGGACAGCUCAGAAAGGGUACCCGUCGAAAGCGCAGGGAGUUUACGUCUCUGAACAUAAAGGGAGGAGUUCAUCUUUAGAUGUAUGGUUAUAGAGACGGGUACCUUCCAUUAGUUCAAUACGAUAUCCUUACCUUUCAGCCUUUCAAAUCGACACUGGGGUCAAUUUGGGGUUAGUAAAGGAAUAUCAAGAAUACCAGCUUCUGAAUUGCUAGGCACUUAGUAGAUUUGCCCAGUUUGUAUGAACUUGGGUCAUUAUGGAAGAUAACAAUAAUGGUGAUAGAUUUUGACGGACAUCCGUAAUUAUAUUUGGGUACCCCUUAAUGAAUGUUAUGCAAGUCCCCAGAACUUAUGUAAAAAUGAGUGGAACAGAAAUGAAAAACAUAAUCGAUGAAGCGACGAAGCGAUUGAAUAUUCCUGGAGUUUAUUGGAUUAUUCGAACAUGAUGUGAUGAAAUCACUAUUCCAUGAUCCAAGUUUCCAAAGUUUAU